GCUCUGGCACGCCUAUGGGCCGACCCAAAGAAUGGUGAUGGGUUUAUACAUCGUGCAAGACCCGAGUACGAGAACGAAGAGCGCGUCUACGGGGCAGCAGAGACUGGGACCCUUUGGGAAGAGGCGCAGGUAAUACUCUUGAUUUUGGAAAACAUGCGCAUAGCUCCAGUGAAGAUGGCCGUUUUGCGGACCUUUGUAAAGUGCACCCCACUUCCCCCCAUGCAGCACCCCACUUCCCCACAUGCUCCUACCCCACUUCCCCACAUGCCAUCACUCCACUUCCCCACAUGCAACACCCCACUUCCCCACAUGCUCCUACCCCACUUCCCCACAUGCUGCACCCCACUUCCCCACAUGCUCCUACCCCACUUCCCCACAUGCAGCACCCCACUUCCCCCCAUGCAGCACCCCACUUCCCGACAUGCUCCUACCCCACUACCCCACAUGCCAUCACCCCACUUCCCCCCAUGCAGCACCCCACUUCCCGACAUGCUCCUACCCCACUUCCCCACAUGCCAUCACCCCACUUCCCCACAUGCAGCACCCCACUUCCCCCCAUGCAGCACCCCACUUCCCGACAUGCUCCUACCCCACUACCCCACAUGCCAUCACCCCACUUCCCCACAUGCUCCUACCCCACUUCCCCACAUGCUGCACCCCACUUCCCGACAUGCUCCUACCCCACUUCCCCACAUGCAGCACCCCACUUCCCCCCAUGCAGCACCCCACUUCCCGACAUGCUCCUACCCCACUACCCCACAUGCCAUCACCCCACUUCCCCCCAUGCAGCACCCCACUUCCCGACAUGCUCCUACCCCACUUCCCCACAUGCCAUCACCCCACUUCCCCACAUGCAGCACCCCACUUCCCCCCAUGCAGCACCCCACUUCCCCACAUGCUCCUACCCCACUUCCCCACAUGCCAUCACCCCACUUCCCCCCAUGCAGCACCCCACUUCCCGACAUGCUCCUACCCCACUUCCCCACAUGCCAUCACCCCACUUCCCCACAUGCAGCACCCCACUUCCCCCCAUGCAGCACCCCACUUCCCGACAUGCUCCUACCCCACUUCCCCACAUGCAGCACCCCACUUCCCCCCAUGCAGCACCCCACUUCCCAACAUGCUCCUACCCCACUACCCCACAUGCCAUCACCCCACAUCCCCACAUGGCAAUUGCAUGGAUUUUUUCGCAACUGCGCUCAACCGGGCUGGGUGGAAUGUGGACGAAAUACAUGUAUGUCUGGACCCUACGUGUUUCCGCACCCAUCCACGCAGUAG